AUGGCGGCUAAGCAAAAUAACCGCAGUCUUGUCUCUGAGAAUGGGCAACGACCCAUGGAGCCCGCUUCGUCUAUCUUGGCGGCGCAUUUCGCCCCUCUGGCUACUCAAGCACAUGACGGACAUCGCCUUUCGCGGGAGACUUUCUCCCAGCUUCGCCAAGAGAUUCUAGGGGAACGACAAAGCCAAAUGCGCGUAGAUGAGGGCAUCACUGACAUCAACAAGCUCAUCUGCAUCGUUCUCAAGGCAGGUCUGGAAGCGAAUCCCAGUAACAGCACCCCGGAAAAUGAUCUCCAGGACCAAAAUUUGGAUUGCCUCGAUAUUAUUCAAGCGAGUAUUGAGAAGGCUCCUCAGGCAUUAUGGGAAGUGUCAGAUCCACUUAUCCUGGGGGAGGAUGUCCAAGCGCCCUUGUAUGCCUGGUUGAUCUUACGAUUGAUUAGGUUAAUAAGCAUUUGGACAUCUCAAGCGAUUCAAGAGAAAACUCACUUGAUUUUGAGUACCAUGAUCAAUUUUCAAUCUAAACAAGCUCGCUCAUCACCUUCGUGCUAUGGGAUUUCAGCUCUCCUUCGCGCUUGUACCUCGGACAUAUUGUUCGCGUUGGAGUCAUUUCAUAGUGUUGGUCUACUUCAUCCUCGGAGUAGAGGCUUGUUCUUACCAACAAUAGACGGGUCAUUGGGAGUGGAGCUGGAUAACCAAGCUCUUCCUCGUGGUCUGCUGAGGGAAACCAUAGCCUUAGGGUCAUUUUCCCAAGCAGUAAUUCUCGCUUCUCUAUUGUUAGAUUCUUUCAGCUUACAAGCUGCAAUUCCAGGCGAUUUGAAGCGGCAAACUCUCGUUUCUCGCCUGAACCUUCCCUGGGCAUUGAAUGGAUACAACCGCUUGCGCAAAACAGUCGUUACAUGGUUACAGAAAACCGGAUCUCACCCCACUGCAGAGGACGAACAAAAUGUUCUCCAUUUCAUGAAUUACGCAUCUCGAUUCUGCAAGUCUGACACAGCUGGGUCCGCCUUACGCUCGGAUAUGUGUCUGGCCUCUGCUUGGACUCAAUGUCUAAGUGAGAUGCUUCUGCUCAGUAUUUCCAACCAAUUACCUACCCUCCAGAUAGGACUGAGCCUUUUUUUGGAGGAGACUCUUCAAGCGGCAAGUAUUUCCGGGUCAUUCGGAUUGGAGAUGCGGGAGUUCUUUCUACCUGCCCUUGAGGAAAUCAAAGACAAGGCUGGUAACUGGAUAGCAAUGGAGGCGUGUUUGUUGGAUUCAGUUCAAUCAUUGCAGUCUGCGCUGCUUUACACCCCGGAGCCUACUGAAGCUUCCUCUAGUGCCCCGCCGUCUGAAAAUGGCGCCCCUGUUCAAAGGCCCGGAGUCUCUGGCGAUGAAGAAGAAGAUAGUGAAGAUACACGGGCAUCAAAACGUCUUUGUGUCUCUGCCGAGCCCGCAAACACAGGAAUUUUGGCCAUAUCAAUGGAUCAACUAGCAGCUUUACUAGGUUGCGACAGCGGGGAGGAAUUGGCGGGUUUAAGCGCUUCUCUGGAAAAAUCAUACGAUGGGCUUACAGAGCCUCAAAGGUCCGACUUAUUGGAAAUCAUGGGAAAGAUCUCUUGUGCCAUUACAGGUAGCCUCGAGCAGAGGCCAUCUGAUAUUGUAGGUCGGAAUACAACUCUCUGUCAAACCUGCGAUUUCGAACAAGGUCCUCAAGAAAAUGAACUCGAGAAGGACACCGUAAAGGCCGCGGAUAGCGGCUAUGGUCGCCCUGAGAAGGAUUUUGAUGCAUUCGCCCUGUAUGGACCAGCUACAUCUCUCAUCAUCUGCGUCUGGGGAGUUCUGUCUUCACUCGCUUCGAAGUUCUAUCCGAGAACUUCUAAUUCGGUCGUAGCGUUCGUGCGUUCCUCGUUGCAACCAGAUAUUCGAAGAGCGAACUUUGUCAUUGUACUCGAAUGGUUGAAGAACCUUUCGGAGAAAAACGACAUGCCUCUUCAUGAAGCAUGUGUUCUAACAUUGUGCUGCCUUGCAAAGGUUUCAGAUGAGGAAGAAAAGAACAUCAUUCUUCUGCGCUUGUUGGAAUACCUUGGUCACCCGAAUCCUUACAUCUGUGCAGUAGCAUACAAUGAGUUGUCCAAGCUUGCUCAGCAAUUCACAUUGACGCCUGCAGGCUUAUUUCGGCCGUACUGGAGAACACUGUCGGUUGUGGUGGUUAAAAAUCUCCAGUCUCGACCGUAUAUGGCUGAGCAGCUCUGCGAACUACUUGGAAUGAAAGUUGACAGCUUUUUGCGUCUGACAGAAGUCCACGUGCUGCCCUAUCUUGUUUUAACAAGAAAAAGAGACAUCAUCUGCCGGAUUGGAGCAAGUCGUGAUGAAGUGGAGUCACCUUUCGAUGUAUGCUCCGAGAAGAACAACCUCGCGGCUAUUUUGGCAUUUCUUUUAGCCCAAGAAUCCAGCAAUCCCGAGGGCAUGAUCAUGUCUCUCUUGGCGGAGAUAGACCCUGCCUUCAAGGGACGUACGCUUGCGGAAUUGGUCAGAAUCGAACCAAUCUUGAUUGCCUGUGAUCUGUUGAAAAGUCUGGGCGAAGCCGGUGAGCAGAAUAAAGAAAGAUUUUAUCAAGGACUGUGUCGCUUGGCGUCCUUUGUGCCACGGAAGUUUGGGCACAGUGGCUCCUCAAGGAAAUUAAACCAUCUGAUCCACUUCAUUGAGGAGCAUGUCCUUGGAAUUAUCACUCAAUUCGCGAAUGCAAUCAAUGACUUUCAAGUCAGGCAAACAUUAGCCGAGAAGAGGCGGAAUCUCAAAGCAAUUGAAGAGAUGAUUGAUAUUGCCAACGGCCAUGUCAGCAAUGCAUUGCCCCAAGUCUGCGCUUGUCUUCGAUCUGCGCUUGAGAUUGAGGAGCUAUGUGAUCAAGCCUUUUCGGCUUGGAAGACAUUAAUCAGCUCCCUCGCUGGCGAUGACUUCGAGCCUCUUAUCGACCAGACACUGGCAAUCGUGAUUCGCUACUGGCCGAAAUUGACAGAUAAAAGCAGAGAGCAAGCAUAUGAGCUUGUCGAUCACAUUUUGGCAACUCAUCCAAAUCUUCUGCGGGAUAUUUGCACUUCAAUGCCAUCAUUAGCCUCUAUUCCGGAGAUGGCCCCAUUCGAGGCCAAGAUGAAUGAACUGCGUGCGACGCAGGAUGUUCGAAGCCGGUUGAUGUCCUUGAUUUACCGCUGCCAGAACGAAAACGCGACAGUUGUUGAGCAAGCAUUAACCGAAUUACUCCCUUUCCUCUCGCAGAAUGAAGAAUUUCUCCACCUAUCUGCUCUUAGCGAGCAGCCUGACCCUGUGAUUGCACAGCUUACAAGAGCAUUAUUGGACUGUUGCGUCAAGUUCAACACCAGUUCAGAUCACAUCACUUUAAUGUCCGCACGAUGUUUGGGCCUUGUUGGCUGUCUGGAUCCUAACCGUGUCGAGACCAUCAAGGAGAAGAUGGACAUUCUUGUAUUGUCAAAUUUCGAUCGGAUGGAGGAAACUGUGGAGUUUGUUCUCUUCUUUCUCCAGCAUGUGCUAGUCGAGGCAUUCUUGUCCGCCUCCAACACUAGAGCACAAGGGUUUUUGGCGUAUGCUAUGCAGGGUCUUCUUAAAAUCUGUCAUUUGCACACUACCAUCACCCAGAACGCCCGUGAUCUUCAAGGAGACGAAAAAUAUCAGCGGUGGAUAGAGCUUCCAGAAGGCAUCAGAAAUACUCUCACACCGUUCCUGACGUCAACGUACACUGUUACUGUCGUUGCGACUAAUCCCAAGGUGGAAUAUCCUUUGUUCUGCCCUGAAAAGACUCACAGUGAAUGGCUUCGAACUCUGGUUCAAGACUUGCUCCAAGCAGGCAACGCCGACAAUGCCAAGCUCAUAUUUGCUGUAUGCAGUCGUGUGGUUAAGGGUCAAGAUAUUUCUAUCUCCUCAUUUCUGUUGCCAUUUGCCGUUCUAAACCGUGUUGUUGGAGGAACAGUGCAGGAACAGCGGGACAUUGAGCUUGAGUUCAUGAAGGUCCUCUCGCAUCCACUUCCUGAUACGAACAACAAUGCUCGUGAGACAAUCAUCUCUUGCAGCCAGAGUGUUUUUGAAGUCCUAGACUAUCUGUCUCGAUGGUUACAAGGGAAGAAGAAACAGCUAAACGGUAUGAACAAUCAGUCUUAUCAGUCAAGUCGCUCUCGUGGAGACGGCAAUCGAGAUGUACUCCAUGAGAAGUAUGCUUCUCAAAUCAAAUCAGUCGAAGCUCUCCUGUCCGCAAUACCCCCUGAAAUCAUUUCGAAGCGCGCUGUUGAAUGUAAAUCAUUCUCUCGAGCACUGUACCACUGGGAGCAGUACAUUCGAAAAUGCAACACGCAACCGGAACCUCUGGACAAUGCCAGCUCUGAGCAGCUCUACCAAAGACUACAAGACAUUUACAGCGAGAUUGACGAGCCUGAUGGAAUAGAAGGCAUCUCUAGCCAUCUUUCUGGACUCAAUGUCGACCAACAGGUUUUGGAACACCGAAAGGCUGGUAGAUGCGCUACGGCACAAAGUUGGUAUGAACUCCAGCUUGAAAAAGAGCCCGAUAACUUCGAGGCUCAGUGGAACCUGGUCACCUGUCUCAAGGAAUCUGGACAACAAGAUGCUAUUCUAACCCGUUUCGAAACACUGAAGGAGAACGAUGCUGCGACCUCCAGAUUUCUUCCAUUUGCAGUAGAGGCAUCUUGGAUCACAGGUCGAUGGUCGAAACUGAAAGGUUAUUUGGAAUUGUGUGCAGAGCAAGGAACUGGCGAUUUUAACGUAGGCAUCGGCUCAGCCCUCCACAGUCUUCGUGAACGUCUCGAAAACAACGACUCCGAGGUCCAGCAAGAUCCAGGGGCUUUCGCCAAAGUUAUUGAUGAGCUCAGGUUGAAUGUCGCCAAGUCCUUGACGGCGAACUCUAUUGCCUCGUUACAGUCGUGUCAUGACGAUAUGCUCCGGUUGCAUGCUUUGGCGGAUGUGGAAGCUAUAGCUAAUGCAGGAGCUGGAAACCCUUCCUAUCCGGAUUUGCCGGCUGCUCUCAAACGACGAUUGGAUGUUUUAGGAGGGUACAUUGCUGACAAACAGUACCUCUUGGGUAUAAGACGAGCGGCCAUGGAAUUAGCAGGCGGAUUCGGUGAUUCUGAUAUCUCUGCUGCAUGGCUUACCAGUGCACAUCUCUCACGGAAGGGCAAAUUCACUAGUCAAGCAUAUCACUCGAUGCUCAAUGCAGCAAGACUCAAAGAUCGUUCAGCUGCCAUCGAACAUGCAAAACUUCUUUGGCAAGAUGGACAUCAUCGGAAAGCGAUUCAGACUCUGGAAGGCGCCAUAUCCGUCAAUGAAGCCACUCCGGCAGCAUCCAACCCAGCUGAAUCCGAUAUCAUCUCAUUUGUUUCUUCAAGUCGUGGGCAAAAGCAAAACGACGUCCCAGCCAGGGCUCAUCUCCUGCUGGCGAAAUGGACCGAUCGAGCUGGUCAAACCCACUCCCAGGCGAUUGUACAACGCUAUCGUGAAGCCAUCAAGUUGUAUCCGAGUUUGAGCGGCGAAGCUACUAAGUUGGUGAUUGACAACUACCUGCGCUCUUUAACCUAUGGAAGCAAAUAUGUCUUCCAGACGCUUCCGAAGCUGUUGACCCUUUGGUUAGAACAUGCUUCUAUUGUUGACCAGCCGAUUGAUCCGAAGCGAGGAGAUAACGAGGACUUCCAAAGACAUACAAAAGCGCAGCGACAGAAGAGCUUGGAUGAGAUGCAUGCCCAGUUGAAGAAAUACAUCGCGUCUCGUCUCCAACCUGCCUUGUUGUUUACUAUUCUGCCUCAAGUCAUGGCCCGAAUUUGCCAUCCAAACAACACAGUCUACGAGCUGCUGGCCAGAAUUGUGGCCAAGGCUGUUCACUUCUUCCCACAGCAAGGACUUUGGACUGUUCUGGCUGUCGUCAAAUCCUCAAAUAAAGAUCGAGCCGCGAAGGGCUACAACUGUCUUCAGAAAAUAACGGAUUUCACUACGAAGCACAAGACAGACAUCCCGUCAGCUGACAUUCGCCGAAUGAUCAAUACGGGUCAAAAGUUCUCGGAGGAAUUGCUCCAGCUAUGUAAUGCUCGAGUUGAGGAUCGAGUCUCGAAAGUUAACCUCGCUCGCGGUCUUGGGUUUAAUCACAAGGUUGCACCAUGUCGACUUGUUGUACCCUUCCAGGCUAUGUUGAUUCCUAGCCUCCCCACGAGUCACGAUGCAGAAUACUUGAAAGGAUUCAGAGCUUUCCCAAGAGACCCAACGACUAUUGAAACCGUUCUCGACGAAGCUCAAAUUUUGAACUCGCUUCAAAAGCCACGCAAGAUCAGCAUUCGUGGCUCCGAUGGCAAGAUCUACAACGCACUUUGCAAGCCCAAGGAUGAUCUGCGGAAGGAUCAACGUCUCAUGGAGUUCAACAACAUGAUCAAUCGAUUUUUGAAGCGGGAUGUUGAAGCCAGUAAACGACGGAUUUACAUCAAAACCUAUGCAGUGACGCCAUUGAAUGAAGAGUGCGGUUUAAUCGAGUGGGUGGACAACCUACGCACCCUGAGAGAGAUUGUGAUCAAGCUUCUCCGUGAAAGAGGCAUUUCACCAAAUUACACCGACAUCAAGCAUUAUCUCAACGAGAUCUGUGCAGAAAAAGCGGGACUCUCCAAGCUAUCCCUCUUUACCACCAAGAUCUUGGCCAAACUUCCUCCUGUGCUACAUGAGUGGUUUGUUGAGAUGUUCCCAGAGACCGAGGCAUGGUUCACGGCUAGGAUGCGAUACACCCGGUCUGCAGCGGUGAUGUCUAUGGUUGGAUAUGUUCUUGGCCUUGGUGAUCGACACGGGGAAAACCUGUCAUUUGAAGAAGGAACCGGAGGAAUUCUGCACGUUGAUUUCAACUGUCUCUUCGACAAAGGUCAAACGUUCGAGAAACCAGAGGUGGUUCCAUUCCGACUGACACAUAAUAUGAUUGACGCCUUUGGUGCUUAUGGUUACAACGGACCUUUCCGGCGCACUUGCGAAAUCACUCUCAGUCUCUUGCGGCAAAACGAGGACGCUUUGAUGACGAUCCUAGAGACUUUCUUGCAUGACCCCACAACAGACUUCAUCGGCAAAAGACGUCGCAAUCAUACAAACGUUCCUGAUACUCCCGCCGGUGUCCUCGAGGAUGUCCGUAACAAACUUCGCGGAUUCAUGUCUAAACAGCCGAUCGCCCUCUCCGUCGAUGGGCAAGUUGAUGAAUUGAUUAUGCAGGCAACCGACAAAAAGAAUCUGGCCGCGAUGUAUAUCGGAUGGUGUGCUUUCUUCUAA